AUGCCUGGUCACAUUCUCCCAUCAAAGGCACCUUUCGGCGCACCAGUAUUGUUCCAGAAGAAGAAGUAUGGAUCGCUAUACUUGUGCAUAGACUACCGAGCAUUUAAUAAGUCCACAGUGAAGAAUAAGUACCCUAUCCCGCUCAUUGAUGACUUGUUCGAUAGACUUGGGCAAGCCAAGUACUUUACCAAGGUGGUUCUUCGCAAGGGCUACUACCAGGUUCGCAUUGCAGAAGGGGAUGAGACGAAGACAACAUAUGUGACGAGAUAUGGAGCCUUUGAGUGGCAUAGCAAUGGCGAGCUACGCAUGGAGGAGGCUAAGGUACGUACUAUCCAUGAGUGGGAGGCACCUAUAAAGGAAACUGAGUUGAGAUCCUUUCUUGACUUUGUUAACAACUAUCGUCGGUUCAUCUGUGGCUACUCAGCAAAUAUCGUACCAUUGACUGAGUUGCUAAAGAAGAACAAGCCAUGGGUUUGGAUGGAGCAUUGUCAAAAGACGUUUGAAGACCUUAAGGCAGCUGUAACAAAGGAGCCAGUCUUGGCGCUACCUGACUUUGCCAAGACAUUUGAGGUGCACACAGAUGCCUCGGACUUUGCCAUUGGGGGUGUCAUGAUGCAUGAUAAGCAUCCCAUAGCAUUUGAGAGUCGUAGGUUAAAUGAGACAGAGCGGCAUUACACGGUACAAGAGAAGGAGAUGACUGCCAUUGUGCAUUCCCUUCAUACAUGGCGACAUUAUUUGCUCGAGUCGAGGUUCGUAUUCAAGACCGACAAUCCGGGCAAAGGUAACGUUGUAGCCGAUGCCUUGAGCCGGAAAGAUGAGCUUGCUGCAAUCACUUCAACAAUAUGGGACAUUCGUGAGGCUAUAGAAGAAGGCAUGCAGCAUGAUCCAGCAGCCAAACAACUUAUCAAGUUAGUCAACCAAGGCAAUACGAGGCAUUUUUGGGUCGAAGACGACCUACUGCUUACCACUGGUUGGCGGGUCUAUAAUUUCUCCAUGGUGGAUUGCUUGGCAUUUAUGAGGCGUGUAAAAGUGCUGAGGUUCAGCAAAUGGCAUAGCAGAAACAGAUACCUGAAGUACCCAUUGAGUCAAAGGGACCUCAAACUUGAAUGGUUUAGCUGUGCUCUGUUGCAUAUGUUGAGUGCCCGGUAUCAGCUCAACACUGAUAAAAGACAUUGUGUUUUGAUUACUGAUACUGUUGAGCCCAUGGAAUACUCUUCGUUUUACGCUACACGGUUUACUCUGAUCUGA